CCAACCUGUCUCUUCUUAGUUGUCUUUAUCUUCUGAUCCCCCCGCAAACUUCUCUCGUGAGACUGCGCGCGCCCCCAUACCGUUCCCACUUGCCGCCCCCGCGUUUUACUUAAAGCCCUUGCCCUCGGCAACACUUCGACCGAAAUUCGCCCACCGGCUCUCGGCGCCAUCCAGCAGAUUGCUUUCUUUGACAUCACCUUAAGCGCGCCCGUUCUCUCUCAACCGCCGCUCGUCCGCUGCCAUCGGCUCACGACACGCUGAGCUGCCCUGCGUCUGGAGGCCAGGUGCAAGAAGGAAUGGCGUCGCCCCCCAAACCCUGGGAAAGAGCAGGAGCAGGAGGCACAUCGACCGGUGCACCCGCAGCUGCUUCAACGUCUACCGCCACCGCCGCCGGUCCAUCAUCUACAUUGAAUCCGCCGGCCCUACCUUCAAGACCUACGUCACUCACCUCGUCCGUGAACCAAAACGCUAGCAACUAUUCUGGAAUGAUGAAUCGCUACGGCACCGGCGGCUACAACAGCUACUCGUCGCCGUACUCGCGCAUGGGCAUGGGCAGCAUGUAUGGAGGCGGGUAUGGCUCCAUGUAUGGUGGCGGUAUGUACGGUGGCGGCGGUUAUGGCUCUAUGUAUGGCGGAGGCAUGUACGGCGGCAUGGGUGGCAUGGGCGGUAUGGGUGGCAUGCCAGGCGACCCCAAUCAGCAGGGUCUGACGCAAAGCUUCAGUCAGAGUACUGCCGCAACAUUCCAACUGAUUGAAAACAUCGUUGGCGCUUUUGGCGGGUUUGCACAGAUGCUCGAGAGCACUUACAUGGCCACGCAUUCAUCUUUCUUCGCCAUGGUAUCCGUCGCUGAACAGUUUGGCAAUCUGCGCCAAACUCUUGGCUCUGUCCUGGGAAUAUUCACAAUCAUGCGCUGGAUACGGACAGCCAUCGCCAAGCUGACUGGUCGCCCUCCGCCAGCAUCCGGCAGCGAACUUACUCCAACCAAUUUCGCCCUAUUCGCUGGCAAGAACCCCGACGGCUCUACGGCGCCCCGCCCGUCGAAGAAGCCGUUUAUCGUGUUCAUGCUCGCGGUUUUCGGUCUGCCCUACCUCAUGGGCAAGCUGAUCAAGGCUCUUGCCCGUUCACAGGAGGACGAGCAACGUCGUCUCCAGGAAGCAAACCCCAUGGGUUACCCUGGUGACGGCCAACAAAUCGAUCCCAGCAAGCUUGAGUUCUGCCGUGUCGCAUACGACUUUACUCCGGACACCAACAACAACGCCGUCCAGGGCGUAGAUCUGGCCGUUAAGAAAGGCGAUCUGGUCGCUGUGCUGAGCAAGACGGAUCCUCUGGGCAACCCGAGCGAAUGGUGGAAGUGCCGCAGCAGGGACGGACGCAUGGGCUAUUUGCCCUCUCCGUACCUGGAGCCGAUUCAGCGGAAACAGCCGCAGCAGCAAAUCCAGAGCGCAAGCCAGGCUGGUAGCCCAACGGACAGCAGGGCGCACACAAUGACGACGGGCAGCCCGGUGGGUACCCGGACGCAGUCUUUGUCGAAUGCAAGCGGGGUCCCGCAGAAGGUGCCUGCGAAAGCACCGGAAGUACAGGGAAAGGCGGGUGACAUUGGGAUUGAGAGUUUCCAGAAGGGCUACUUCAGCUCUUCGUAGGGAGCUGGGAGUAGUGUUACGUGAAGCAUGGCAUAUACCUUUUUGAGCUGACGACCGAUUGGUAGUCGCGGGGUUCUGGGAGUAGGUAGUUCAGGUGGUGAUGACUUUUUUUUCUCGCUCGGCGUUGGGGCGCUGUCUUUUAAAAUCAUGAAGAUGGCGGAUUGGUUGUAGCAUAUUUUUAGAGGACGAAUAAGUGUUCAU